AGAGUGAAAAGGAGGAGGAGGAGAGAGAGAGAAACUUCAAUGUGAGAGAGACACAUCAACUGCACGGACGGGAGACACCGGACCCAGGCGGCAGCAUGAGUGGCCCCCCGCCCGACGUGCCGGAGCCCAGCCCAGCAGAGGGGACUGGAGGCCCAGCUGGAAAGGCUGCAGCGGGUGCCAGGGAGAAGGGCCCGCGGCUGGGCCCGCGGCUGCCCUCUAUCGUGGUGGAGCCCAGCGAGGCGGGCGCUGUGGAGAGCGGGGAGCUGCGGUGGCCCCCGGAGGGCGUGCAGAGGGGCUCCCCGCAGAGCCAGGCUGCUGCUGCCCCCUCGCCGAGCCUGCCGGGAGCACCCGGGGACGCGCCAGGCCACCCCGGCAGCCAGUGUGCCGGCUCCGAGGCCCAGGGGUAGGACCAGGCCGGGGCCGGAUUCCGCUGUCCCUGCCGACGGCCACUGCUCCCUGAGGCUGGGAGGGCCUCAGCCCCGGAUA